GAUACACACCCAUUUCCUCGUUUCUGAUCGCCUUCCAUCUCUCCCCGUGUCCUGCGAGGGCAGAGCUAAGAUGGAAGGACGAAAACCAAGUGAGGCGAACGCUGAUGUGAGAUCAGGCAUGAACUUGAAGCCACCGUCUCCUGGAAGUCUCACACGUUCACCGGCGUUCAUUGAGGAAGUUUGCUGUUCAUUCCAACAUGAAUUAUCUUGUGCGAUACUUUGGAUUCCUGCUGACGGUGCCCCUGGCAGGUUUUUCUGGCGACACACAGGAGGUCACAGUGAAGCGUGGAGAAGAUGUGACUCUUGUGUGUCGUGCUCCCAGAGAGGCUGCCAUCGAACAGUUAGCGUGGAGCAGAGCUGAGCCGAAGUCACAUAAAUAUGUCUUCUUCCUCCGUAAUAACCGCCAAUUCAUAAACUCCCAGCUUCCAUCUUAUCGCGGUCGAGUGAAGCUGAUGGAUCCAGAGAUGAAGGAUGGAAACGCUUCUGUGAUUCUGAGGAACAUCACCAUCAACGAUACUGGAACAUAUGAGUGUCGAAUUGGAUGGAGCAGCACAGGACGUGAACUCAUCAGCACCAUCAAACUGAAGGUUCAAGACUCAGAUGGAGCAGCUGGGAUCAUGAAAGACAAAGAUGGGAUUAAGAUUUAUGCAUCGGUUGGUCUGUUACUUGGUGUGCUUCUUGUUUGUGUUAUUGUUGUUGUGAUCCUUCGAAAAUGCAAGCAUACAAAAAAGAUUUAUAAGCUGUCAAGAUAACCAGAUCCUGAUUGAGUCUCCAGGGAGACAAACAGAUUUUUUUUCCAGGUUUUUUCAUAUGAUCUCUGUUUUUUGUUGUUGGAGGCUUGUGUGUUGACCAGCUCUCAGGGACACCUUGUACUGUUUUAAAAUGUAUGUUUAAAGAUCAUCCAACAUGUGUGGAUGUGUGAGAGUAACCUAAAUAGACAUGAGACUGUAAAAGGAUAGCCAGCAGGACACUCUGCUGCAGGAAGACAGCAUAAAAAGAGCCAGUGACUACAAACAAAGCAUCACAGGUGGAUGAAGACCGUGGGGUUGAUACCCUGUCCUCUUAGUAGUCCAGUCAUCACCACCACUGUUGAACUGCUGUCACUCGUCUCACCAGUAGCCUUAGCAGCCCCUCUGGUAUGAGAAAGUUUUCAUGAAUUCUGUCCUGUCUGACCAUGUGAGUCAGAUUUCUCCACUGUGAACCUUAUUUACACCAAGUACUGAUCCAGGCUCACCUGCACAGCACCUACACAAGUGUAUGAGAAUGGCACUAACGCCAUUCAAGCCAAGAUUCAAACCACUGGCAGAGCAGUCACAGACCCCUGUCUGUCACUAGGAAAUUAAAGCUGCAGUAGGUAGAAAGCCUGAGAACGGUUGAUUUUUGAGUCUCAUCUGAGUUAGGUUUCGUUAGUCUCCGCACUGAGCCCCUCCUACCAGACGAG